AUGUCCGUCGCACUUCUCGCCCGCCGCCGCGUAGCCCGUCUCCCCCGCACCCCGCAGCCCCUCCUCCAGAUGGUACAGAAGAAGAACAACUCGUCCAAAGCGGCGCCGGCCGUUCCGCCGGGCUACGUCGCCGACCCGAACCACGGGCCGAUGCUCGCCUACCAAGCCUCGCUCCCCAAACUGCCCGUCCCGCCCUUAUCCAGUACAAUCUCCAAAUACCUCGAGACUGUCCGCCCGCAUCUUACCCAAUCAGAGUACACCGCGACCGAGCGCGCCGCGCGCGAGUUCGAGGGGAGCGCGCUGGGGAGGGAGCUGCAGGCGCGGCUCGAGAGGCGGGCGGGCGAGGAGGGGCGGGAGAGCUGGCUUGCCGAGUGGUGGAACGACGCGGCGUAUAUGGCGUAUAGGGACCCCGUGGUGGUCUUUGUUAGCUAUUUCUACGUGCAUGUUAUGCAGGGCAAUAUGGGCCCUGCUAAGCGCGCGGCGCAGCUCGUAAAGGCCAUGUUGCCGUUCAGAGCUCUCGUCGAAACUGAACAACUCGCGCCCGAGACCGUCAAAGGCGCCCCGCUCUGCAUGGCCUCGUACAAAUGGCUCUUCCACGCCUCCCGCUACCCCGUCAAGCCGGCCGACACAGCGACCAAGUUCGACCCCUCGACGCACGACCACGUCGUGUUUGUGCGCAAGAACCGCUUCUACGAGGUCUCGCUGAAAGGCGCGGACGGGAAGGAGGUCAGCGCGGCGGAUCUCGAGGCACAGAUACAAAGGAUCAUCGACGAGGCGGAUAAAGCAGGCCUCGCACCGGCCAUCGGCGCACUGACGAGCGAGAACCGCGACGUCUGGACAGACGCUCGCGAACGCCUUCUCGCCGCAUCCCCCUCAAACGCCGAAGCACUGAAACGCAUCGAGAGCGCGCUCAUCGUCGUCGCGCUCGACGAUACGAAGCCCGAGAGCCGCGAGGCGCUCAGCUGGGCGUGCUGGGUCGGCAAUGGGCGGAAUAGGUGGUACGAUAAACAUCAGCUGAUCGUCUUCGACAACGGCCGCUCCGGCUUCCUCGGCGAACACUCCUGCAUGGACGGCACGCCCACCCUGCGCAUGAACGAGUUCCUCCUCGCGUCCCUCGCAGCGCACAAGAUCGACCUCUCGCCCUCUUCACCUUCAUCGUCCCUGCCCCUGCCAUCUGAGAUCAAGCUAGUCUUGAACGAGGACGUGGAGAGGGACAUUCAGACCGCCGAGAAGGAUUUUGAUGAGCUGGUGGGGAGGCACGAUCUGGAGGUGUUGCAGUGGGAUGCGUACGGGAAGGAGUGGAUUAAGACGUUUAAGGUGUCGCCGGAUGCGUGGGCGCAGAUGGUGAAGCAGUUGGCGUUCUACAAGUUCAAGGGCCGGCCGGCGGUCACGUACGAGAGCACGCAGACGAGGAAGUACCAGCUGGGCCGGACGGAGGUGACGCGCAGCGCGAGCAACGAGUCCAAAGCCUGGGUCGACAGCAUGGUCGACCCCAGCGCCACCGACGCGCACCGCGCUCUCCUCUUCCGCCGCGCCACCGCGCGCCACUCCCAGUACUCCGCCUGGGCCGCGGACGGGCACGGCGUCGACCGGCACCUCUUCGGGCUGAAGAAGCUGCUGCAGGACGGCGAGGAGCUUCCGGCGAUCUAUACAGACCCGGCGUUCGCGCGGACGAGCCAUUGGGAGCUGAGCACGAGCCAGCUGAGCUCGCGGUUUUUCGAUGGGUGGGGGUAUGGCGAAGUGGUCCCAGACGGUUAUGGAUUGGCCUACGCGAUCGGCGACGAUUAUAUUCGGUGGACGAUCACGAGUCUGAAGCUCGAGACUGCGAAGUUGAAGCAGUGUCUUGCGGAGGCGGCCGCGGAGGUUGGGCAGAUGAUGGAGCGCGCGGCGAAGGCUGAGGGCGCUGAGAAGAGCAAGCUGUAG